ACCAGCGAAGGCUUCGGUCCGGCCCGCAGGGGAGGCGGCUUUUCUAGACAGGCAGCGCCUUGGCCACCUGGCAGGGCUGGGUCGCCUAGCAACGGCGGGGUCCUUCCUGGCUCUGGGGCGCUCCGGGUCUGAGGGGAGAAAACCGCCGCGGAGGGCGCUGGGGGCCGGCGGCCACGGGGCGGGAGGCGGCCACGGGGCGGCGACGCGGCCUUGGCGAGUCCGGGGAUCCGGCCUCUGCGUCUGAGGGGAGAUGGACAAGGCCCGGGUGAGGCCCGCGGCGGACGGGCCUGCGCCGCCCGAGGAGGAGGAGAGCGAGGGGGGCGGCGAGGCGGGCGGGAAGGAGCCGGCGGUGGACGCGGCCCCCGGGCCCAGCGCGGCGUUCCGCCUCCUGGUGACUCGGCGCGAGCCGGCCGUGAAGCUGCAGUAUGCAGUGAGCGGCCUGGAGCCGCUGGCCUGGUCCGAGGACCACCGCGUGUCCGUGUCCACUGCCCGCAGCGUCGCUGUGCUGGAGCUCAUCUGCGACGUGCACAACCCGGGCCAGGACCUGGUCAUCCACCGCACCUCGGUGCCGGCGCCCCUCAACAGCUGUCUCCUCAAAGUUGGCUCAAAAACAGAAGUUGCUGAGUGUAAGGAGAAAUUUGCCACCUCUAAAGACCCCACAGUCAGUCAGACUUUCAUGUUGGAUAGGGUUUUCAACCCUGAGGGCAAGGCUUUGCCUCCACUGAGAGGAUUCAAGUACACUAGCUGGUCCCCCAUGGGUUGUGAUGCUAACGGCCGGUGCCUCCUGGCAGCGCUGACCAUGGACAAUCGCCUGACCAUUCAGGCUAACCUCAACAGACUGCAGUGGGUCCAGCUGGUCGAUCUAACUGAGAUUUACGGAGAACGUCUUUAUGAGACCAGUUACAGGCUCUCUAAAAAUGAGGCCCCGGAAGGAAAUCUUGGGGAUUUUGCUGAGUUUCAGAGAAGACACAGCAUGCAGACACCAGUGAGGAUGGAGUGGUCGGGCAUCUGUACUACACAGCAAGUCAAGCAUAACAACGAGUGCCGGGACGUGGGCAGCGUGCUUUUGGCAGUCCUGUUUGAAAACGGUAACAUUGCUGUGUGGCAGUUUCAGCUACCGUUUGUAGGAAAGGAAUCCAUCUCUUCGUGCAACACAAUUGAGUCAGGAAUCAACUCUCCUAGUGUUUUAUUUUGGUGGGAAUAUGAGCACAACAAUCGGAAAAUGAGUGGCCUUAUUGUGGGGAGUGCUUUUGGACCUGUAAAAAUUCUUCCUGUCAAUCUCAAAGCAGUUAAAGGCUAUUUCACUUUAAGGCAGCCUGUUGUCUUAUGGAAAGAAAUGGACCAGUUGCCAGUGCACAGCAUCAAAUGUGUACCACUUUAUCACCCUUACCAGAAGUGUAGUUGUAGCUUAGUGGUGGCUGCAAGAGGAUCCUAUGUGUUUUGGUGUCUUCUUCUGAUCUCCAAAGCAGGUCUGAAUGUUCACAAUUCCCACGUCACAGGCCUUCACUCACUGCCAAUUGUCUCCAUGACUGCAGACAAGCAGAAUGGAACCGUCUAUACUUGUUCCAGUGAUGGGAAAGUGAGGCAGCUGAUUCCCAUUUUCACUGAUGUUGCAUUAAAGUUUGAACACCAGUUGAUUAAACUCUCAGAUGUGUUUGGCUCGGUGAGGACACACGGGAUAGCAGUGAGCCCCUGUGGUGCAUAUCUGGCCGUCAUUACGACUGAGGGCAUGGUCAACGGCCUCCAUCCUGUGAACAAAAACUACCAGGUCCAGUUUGUUACUCUCAAAACCUUUGAAGAGGCAGCUGCUCAGCUCCUGGAGUCUUCCGUUCAAAAUCUCUUUAAGCAGGUAGAUUUAAUAGACCUAGUACGCUGGAAGAUUUUAAAAGAUAAACAUAUCCCUCAGUUUUUACAAGAAGCUUUGGAAAAAAAGAUUGAAAGCAGUGGGGCCACUUAUUUUUGGCGUUUCAAACUUUUCCUCCUGAGGAUUUUAUAUCAGUCAAUGCAGAAAACCCCUUCAGAAGCCUUAUGUAAACCCACCCAUGAGGACUCAAAAAUCUUACUAGUUGACUCACCUGGGAUGGGCAAUACUGAGGAUGAACAGCAGGAAGAAGGCACUUCUUCCAAACAGGUGACUAAGCAAGGCCUUCAGGAGAGGAGCAAGGAAGGUGAUCCAGAGGACCCCACAGAUGACUCACUUACCCAGUCUGGAGAUGUUGGAGGCCGUGAGCCAAUGGAAGAGAAACUCCUUGAAAUCCAAGGGAAAAUUGAAGCCGUGGAAAUGCACUUGACCAGGGAGCACAUGAAGCGAGUCUUAGGAGAAGUGUACCUGCACACCUGGAUCACAGAAAACACUAGCAUCCCCACCAGGGGACUCUGUAACUUUUUAAUGUCUGAUGAAGAGUAUGAUGACAGAACAGCACGGGUGCUGAUUGGACACAUCUCAAAGAAGAUGAACAAACAGACUUUCCCUGAGCACUGUAGUUUGUGUAAAGAGAUCUUGCCAUUCACAGAUCGCAAACAGGCAGUCUGUUCCAAUGGCCACAUUUGGCUCCGGUGCUUUCUAACCUACCAGUCCUGCCAGAGUUUGAUAUACAGAAGGUGUUUGCUCCACGACAGCAUUGCCUGCCAUCCAGCUCCAGAAGAUCCGGACUGGAUUAAGAGGUUACUGCAAAGCCCCUGCCCUUUCUGCGAUUCUCCUGUCUUCUAAAUGUCAGCAGUGGGAAGAUGGAAGGGGCAUGUACUCUGCUAUAGAAAGUGCCCUCUAGCCUGAAGAGCUAGGGUGUGCUGGAGUAAGCCUGGCCUUCCCAAGCGUAGAGGCGCUCUUCAUGAUUGUAAAUAGUGCCCUGGGAACUCAUUUCUGAAGUGCAUUCUCCAUCUCCAGGGGCUAAAGGAUAUCUUUAAAAUGACUGAAUGCAGAGAUUUUAGGUCAUUUUGAGAUGAACGUUAGUCCCCACUCCUUACUCAAUGAGGAACACUUAUUUUUCAGGUGUCUUGACUGAAGCAGUUUGAACAAAAAGAAUGCCCUGUCAUUUUUAGGAACAGAAUGAUCUCUUCCAGGGAGUUUGGAUAAGGGCCUUGCCGGGCUGAGUUAGACUUUAAUCCUAGCCUUGGUCUGGAACUGCCUUGUGGUUCCAGAGAGCUUAAAUUACCUGGUACGUGGAGGUCAGUAUACUAACAGAUAUUAAAAGUGUCUAAAAGAACUCAUAGACCUGAUAUCUUGUCCUCAACAGAUAGCUGCAGAUCUGUGUUCCACUGAUUCUUGUUUUUCAUGCAUAUUGAAAACAUUUUUCUAAAACUUGGUAUUUUGAGAGGGUGAAGCCAAGACUAAAGUUGGUUUUAAUGUGUCAAAAGAGCAUGUGACUCUUAUAUGUUAAUAAUUGUGACUUAUUUUUAAUCUCCUGUGUCAUCAGAUUUCCUGCCCCAACUCCUUAAUAUGUAUACAGAUGUCAAGUAUUCCAGUUCACCUGUGUCACAUCUCUGCUACAGACUUAACUCUGAUAACCUAGACGAGAUAUUUGUACAUAGAAGAAAAAGAAUAUUUUCUCCUUUUAGUAUUAAAUUAAAACUUUUAAUAUUUUUAAUGUUGACAUUUCCAGACAUUUCAUUUCUAUCUGGUAUAAGAGUGUGCACAGAAUCUAUGUAGAGACUUCCAGAAAGAGACGGGCAGCUCAGAAGUGCAGACACUUGCACUCUGGUGCUAUAAGUGAGUGUAGUUCAGUUGACCAGAGCCUGGGAAUGUCUUCUCUCUGCAAAGGUCCUUGAUAUUUAUAAUACAGGUAUUUUUCUGGGGGCUCUUAAGAGGAGAUGUUAGAUGUUAAUUGGUCUUAAAACCUAAAAUAAAAAAUAGACAUUCUGGAAUUACAGUGUUCUUGGAUUUUUAAAAUAAGUAUCCUAGGGAUUGGUGCUAAUCAAUAGGACUACAAUGCACACAUCUUGAAAUGGUGCAUAUUUCUCGAAAGUUGAAUAGGAAAUACAAAAUGUGAAAUUCUAAUUCAUAUUACAUGCUAUUUUGCCUUUAAUAGAAUAUAAUUUUCUUUUAUUUUGUAUCCUUAGUGAAAGACAUUUUAUCCUCACUUGAGAAACACUUGAUAUUUGGAUAACACUGUAACAGAACACACCACACACCACACUUGUGUCCCAUGGUGUGUCGUGUCCGUCCCCCCACCCCCUCCCCCCGGUUCAGAUGUAGUGGAGACAAGCCCUUAAGAGGCACUUUCAGUCUGGUUUGAAAUGUCUUUUGUUUCCUCUUCAAAUUUUUGUUUUGUCUUCUAUGUUUAAUUAUGUAUUUGCUGGAGUCUUCUGAUUAUCUUUCUCAUUUUGGUGGUAAUUUCAAGAAUAGUGUUUAUCCAGGUUUUAGGGUCCAGCAUGUUAAAUUGAUUUUCAAGAAGGAACCAGGCAGCAUUAAAAUCGUGAUCACCACAGCUCAGAGGCUACUGGUAUGGCUGUAGUUGGUUGUGGCUGUAGCUGUUUCACUUGACAAUAAACGUGACAGUAAAAAUUGGGAUCAUGGCAAGGAGUUAUUGCAGUUUUAAUAAUCAUGGCAUGCUUAGUUUCACUUGUUUUCUUGUUCAGUAGUUGUAGUCAGUAGUUGUUCUUAUUGGGGAAUUUUGUGCUGCUGCCAUUUAAAACUUACAUUAAGUUUUUAUUUAAAGCAGCACUGCAUUUUGGGGAACAUUUAACUCUUAGGAGUUAACUAAAAAGGAUCUCCCGAAUCAUUUUGUAUGUCUGUAUAGGAGUAAACAUGGCAGCUAUUUCACAAGAACAUGGCUUUUCUCCAGAGGGGGCUGGGCCCAGUGGCAUUCUUAAGACUGAAAUCCAGCCAACACCUGCCUCAGCCCAACCUUCUGCACCCCCAGAUGAGAGGCCUUCCCACUUUUCCUGUCCCACGCCCCAUCCGUGGAGGCUACUCCAUUGCCCUGUGAGAAUGAGAGGAGAUUUUGAGUUACUGGCAGCAUCACAGUGCACUUUUGAGUUUCACUAAGGUUCAGCCUGCCUGAGGAUAGUGUUGAUUGGUGAAACCUUGGAAAAGUGAGAGUGACACAGGAGUCUUGGGAUUAUUAAAUGCCUCUCCUGGUUUAAACUUAUCAUACCCUCUAUGCCUUCCUAAAAUUUGCCUGAUCUAUUUAGUGGAUUCUAAGUUUAUUCAGCUAUCACUGUAAUAACUGUUUCAGGAAUGAAAGAAAUGGUAGAAGUGAUGCUGCUGCGCUGUGUUCAAGUGCAGGAGCAAAGAUUCUAGACAAUUAGACCUUUUAAGCUACAACCGUGUUGCAUUUUGGGAGUCUGAUAUGCACACCUGUGUCACAUUUUUUCUGCCUAAGGUUAAUUUGUUCCUAUUAUUCCAGAUAAGAAAUUGAUAGCUUGUUAUGCUUGAUAUUCAUUCUGAAAUCCUCAUGUGUCCACCACCCAGACUUCAGGCAAUCUCUACCUGCUAUUAUAUCUGCCAAAACUACCAAUUAUUUUUCAGUGUCAAAAGUUAUUAGAACCACUAGUGAAGCUCAUGGUUGAAUGUGACAUUCUUCUGCUUCUCCCUCUAAGAAGCUUUGGAGAAUGUUAACAUUGAAUCGUGUGGGUUGGACCUAUUAGUUUCACAGGUUAAUUAGGUUAAAAGAAUGUUAAAGGGUAAUAAUUAAAUAUUAAAAUAUAUUCUGUUGUAAUUAUAACAGUAUCAGGUAAGACACAGAAGAAAUUGAUGCUUGUUGGUGCUUGUUGGGAGGAAGGCAGUGCUGGUUUGUGGAGCAGCUGCUGCUCUGGAGUUGGGUGAAUUGCUGCAGUUCCUGGACGCUGGUCCAUUUCCACAGGAGCUGUCCGUCCUUUCUGCUCCUGACCUCUCUCUGGCUUUUCCUUCCCCGAGGGGGCCCGAGGCGGGUGGGGGGGGUCCUCUUGAUUUCCGUUCCUUUAGUUCUCUCAGCUUUAGGACACAUUCAGAGCUAACAGAUUUCAUGUUUGAAAGAAAAAUAUAUUAGUGAUAAAAUUUCUAAAAGCUAAAUCACAUAGUAGGUCUUGCUUCCUAGAAGAAGCUAUUAAACAGUAAUUUUUCUUUGUAAAGGUAAUAGUGUUCGUUGUUAACAACUUGGUAAACUGUAUCUGGUUUUCUUCAGAACUCAAUUUCCCCGGCAGAGUGCUCACCAGCUCUUGGCUGGGCUUUGGGCUGGAGUGUGCUAGAUGUCAGCUCCUUAACACCACCUGCCCCUCUCCCCAUGCCAGUAUGAUUCUUGACAGGCAAAAAUUCUGGUUUAAGCUAAGCGGAAUGGGUUAUAUUCAGAGUCAGCAAGCCUAAAUUUUUUAAGGGAAAGAAUAAUUUUUUAUUCUGCCCUUGUUUCUUUUUAGAGCUUGGGCAGCACAAACAGCAAGUAGCCAGAUGAAUAAGUGAAUCUCUUUACAGUUAGCCCACCGUGGACUGUUCUGAGUCUCUGCAUGGCUUCCGUAAGUCAUCAUAAAUGUAGCUUCGUGCUCUCACCUGCUCCUCUGUGUGUGGGUGGAGGUGAGCAACUCAGUGAGACUGCAGAGCAUCUCAAGAACCCACCCUUUCCCCUCAAGCUUGUCGGAUUCUCAGAAUGCCUCUAAAGAAUCUAACUGAAGUGAAUUGUUGUCAGUUAUUAGUGGAAGUACCAGUUGGCAGCUUCAAGCAGAGUUUUAGACUGUAUCUCAGUCUCAUGUUUAUUAAACUUUGAACUGCUCUUUCUUGAAGCUAAAAGAGGUUUUUGGAGUUAAGAUCUUCACAUCUGCUAACAUGAUAUCUGCUAUUCAAACUGAUUAUAGAGCAUGUGAAAUUUGACUAUCCUUGAAUUAAAUCAAAUUUGCAGAAUAUAGAGUUGCUUCUAAUGAUCUAAUACAGCGUCACUAUGCUGAUGAAACAGCAGGGUUUUUCAGAAGAUUGUAUCAAGACUUGUUAGCUGGGCUGUCUGGGAGAUAGGAUACAGCCUCCCAUCUGCAUAUAUAAUUUGGUGUAAGACAGGGCUGUUUCUGAAACUUGCUGUGGAAAUCCGUAAAUUUAAUAGAGGAAUGACUAUUUAUUAGGAUGUCCUCUAAAAAAGUUAAUCUUUUUGGUAUGUGACUAUUUCUCCCCCAACCUCUUUAUCCAAUUAGUUGAUUCAGCUUUUCUUAUCUUGAAUUUUCUUUGAGUUAUAACUGUGCUCCAGCAGGAAACUUCAUAUCCAGUCUGAGGUCCCAGUCGGUGAGCUUAUUUGGAACAAUAUUGUUUGAAUUACCAACAUGGUGUUCAUUCAUUCCUGCCAGGCUGGGGAGGAGCUGAAAAAAGGGAAAGAUGAUACUCUUGUCCUAAUAUCAUCAAGUAAAGGCAGAGGCCAUCUAGUUGAAAUGUUGUAAAUGGGUUUGGAAGAAUUACAUUUCAAAAGUCUAAAUCUUAUGGUUAUUUUUAAGGUAAAAUUUUGCUUACCUCAUCGUCAUGAAAUCCUGUUACUUUCAUAAAAAGAUCCUGUAAAGUAGUCAUAUUGGACAAUGAAGGAGGUUGUGAUGGCUUUGAGGCAUUUCAUACUUCAUCACUUUUACAUUUGGCUAACAGAUUGGGAGGGUUUUGGGUAUUUUGUUUUGUUUUUGGUACUAAUGCAAAAAUGAAUUAUCUUUUUCAAGACUUUGACUCAGAUUUGUACUUUAACAUAUGAAAGGAAAGUGAAUAUCAAACUUGUUUGUACAGAAAUGAGACUGUAAAGAAAAAUAAGUCUGUGUUGUGUGUAGUGAGAUAUAUUUUAUGUUUACCCAAUGCCUGUGCUAGUCUUUGUGCUUGGCUUUGAAUUAUAUGUAUGUUUACAUAUGACAUUUUUUGAAAUAAAAAGAACAGCCAUCUAAAAAACUUAAGGUUAUAAAAAGGAGAUGGUUUUUUAAUUCUUACCAUCUGAUUAGGUAGUGUGUUUUAGAUUUUUAGUGUUUAAAUUUAAAAACUUUAAGAAUAAUAACACAUUUUGUUGGGAAUCCCCCCCAUCCAAGGGAAGAUUGGCUGCUCCCUUCCAUUGUACAUAUGCGCAUAGUGUCUAUUACUAGAUUGUAAGCUCCUCAUGGCAGGGACUGUCUGUUCAUCUUGGUAGCUCCUGCAGCACCUAAUGGAAAGUGCCUUGCACAGAGUAGGUGCUCAUGACAUGUAGAAUGAGUGAGUAACUUCCUGCCACCUUUAAGAUGAAGCAUGCUUCACUUUUUCCAGUGCAUUCAAAACUGCAAAGAACUAAUGACCAGAAGAGGGCCAAAUUCUUUCUUGGGUUUGAACAGAGUUUCUUGGGUUGAACCAGACCAUGCCAUAUCCUUUAGCACUAUGUAGCCUUCUCUUCCCGAAGAUAACAUACCAGCAUCCUGAGCUUUUAUCUAAUAUUAGGGCAGAGGAUUCUGGGGAAAGUUUGAACUGGGGGAAUAUUAUAGAGAAAAUGAAAUGGAAAUUUUGGAGGGUGUUUUUCUGUCAGUAUACAGCCCUGUGGGGCAAUCUUAUUUUAGUUAUUACUGAAGAAAGGGGUGAUAGAGCCUCUGCUUCUUUACCAGUUAGCUGGUUAUCCAGUUUAUGAAAGACCAUUGGUUUUUAGCUUUUUCGCAUUUUGGAUUCCUCUCAAUUGCUCGUAUGAUUCUAGUCCUUAGAGUCUAAUAAAGUUGCUGUGAAUAUCCAGUGCUGUACAUACUGGCAGUUUUAUAAAUGUGAAAGAACCUCAAAUAUGUUGUGUUUUGUAUGCAGAGCCACUAGUAUUAUCUUGGCCACUUUUUUAUUCAAAAUAAAUAAAUAAUAGAAUUAUUUGUA